ACAGCACGAAAGAUAAACAAUAAAAAAUAAAGCAUAAAAAACGAUAUUAAAUCACGACCAUCAUCAACUGUCAUCGACAGCACAUGUUUGGGUUAGGUUAGGCAACAUGUGAUCCGUGUGAUCUCUGUGUCAGCGUUACAUUUUUGUGAAUAGUGCCAGUUGGUAGACAAGUGAUUUGCAGGUUUAGAAUUUUUGGAAGAAUAAUAAUUUAUUAAAGAAUCAAAAUGGUUGAAGAUAAACCAGAGGAAUGUUCUUCUGCAAGAGAUGAAAUAUCUAAAAAAGCACUAAAGAAGCAACAAAAGGAGAUGCAAAAAGCAGCAAAAAAGGCUGAAAGAAAAGAUCAAAAUCAGUCCCAGCAAGAAUCUACAAAUGAAGCUGAAGAUGUAUCUGUAGGAAAAUAUGGUCAAAUGGACAUGAUUCAAAGUAAGGAAAAAUUCGAAGAUAGGAAGUUUACAGCAAUCAAGAAUCUGAAUAAAGAUCUGGAGAAUCAGAUGGUUUGGAUAAGAGGUCGCUUACAUACUAGCCGUGCCAAAGGCAAGCAAUGCUUUAUCGUAUUAAGACAGCAAUCAUAUACAGUGCAGGGAUUAGCUGCUGUGAAUGAAAAAAUCAGCAAACAAAUGAUUAAAUUUAUUUCCAAUGUCACCAAAGAAUCUAUAAUCGAUGUGAAAGCUAUAGUGAAGUCUGUACCAUCGAAAAUCGAGUCGUGCUCGCAAGAAGAUGUGGAAGUUCACAUAGAAGAAGUAUUUGUAAUAAGCGCUGCCAAGCCACAGCUUCCUUUACAGAUUGAAGAUGCCGCGAGACCGAUCAGCGAAGCAGAUGAAACGGCAUUGAACAUUCGAGUGAAUCAAGAUACUAGGCUGGAUAACAGAGUGUUAGAUUUGCGUACUCCAGCAAAUCAAGCGAUUUUCAGAGUGGAAGCUGCCACUUGUAAACUAUUUAGGGACAUUCUGACGAAAAAAGAUUUUGUCGAGAUACACACUCCUAAAAUCAUUUCUGCAGCCAGUGAGGGUGGAGCAAAUGUCUUUACAGUGUCUUAUUUUAAAAAUAAUGCUUAUCUGGCUCAAUCACCGCAAUUAUACAAGCAGAUGGCUAUUGCUGCUGACUUUGACAAAGUUUUUACUGUUGGAGCAGUUUUCAGAGCGGAAGAUUCUAAUACGCACAGACAUUUGACAGAAUUUGUAGGCCUUGAUUUAGAAAUGGCCUUUAAGUAUCACUAUCAUGAGGUAGUAGACACUAUUGGACAAAUGUUCACUGAACUUUUUAAAGGUUUACGUGACAACUAUGCAGACGAUAUAGCGGCAGUCGCUCAACAGUAUCCUGUGGAGCCUUUCAAAUUUCUUGAACCAGCUUUAAAAUUGGAAUUUCCACAAGCGAUUGAAUUAUUAGCAGAAGCUGGCGUAACUCUUGGCGAAGAAGAUGAUCUGUCAACUCCAGACGAAAAACUCUUAGGAAAACUCGUUAAAAUUAAAUAUGAUACAGAUUUUUAUAUUUUGGACAAGUAUCCUCUUGCUGUGAGACCUUUUUAUACGAUGCCAGAUCCAAACAAUCCUAAAAUGUCCAACUCGUACGACAUGUUUAUGCGAGGUGAGGAGAUUAUAUCUGGUGCGCAACGUAUCCACGAUCCAGAUUUUCUGACUGAACGAGCUAAGCAUCAUGGAAUUGAUAUCGAGAAAAUCAAGUCGUAUAUCGACGCUUUUAGAUACGGCUGCCCGCCGCAUGCUGGCGGCGGUAUAGGCAUGGAACGCGUUGUGAUGCUAUACCUCGGCUUGGACAAUAUUCGUAAGGUGUCUAUGUUCCCUCGUGACCCCAAACGGCUCACUCCUUGAAAUUAAUUUCCAAUAUUUCAACAGAUAUUAUGUUAUGUAUUUACAAAUAAAAUCUUUUACCUUGAAUAUAUGAAU